UACAGCGGUGACGACAAGAAGAAGAUGAUAGUGUUACUGGUGCUUGGCAUCGCUCUUAUGGCGGUUGGCGGCGGAGGCAUGCAUACGCAACGGGCGCUUUUGGUGGAGGAGGAUCCAGUGACAGCGAUGAUGACGGCGGCAACGAGAGUUCACCUGACGUUCCCUAUGACGUUAGCGGUGGUGGUGCCUCCAGCAGUGAUAGUCAGCCACCGAUUCCGCCACCAACGCCACCCCAGAUUCAAAGCGGUACAGAAGAGCAAGAACCCGGACUAUGGUUCCGUUGUCAUUGGAAUUCGAGGAAAAUACGGCCUGGCACCGAGCUUCGGUUCCUGGAUUCAAGCUGUUAAAGACAAAGGGUACGACAUCAUUGUGCUUCAUACUCACAUAAGUAGUUGGAACGUCACUGCAAUGACCGGAACAUCAGGUGCCAGCAUUUGGACAAGCACAACCUAUGUAUACGCUUCCAUGAUGAACGCCAUUGGCGCUCUCAGUCCAACUGCUUUUUCUACCAACGCAACAGUCAUGCUGAGUCUAACCAUGGGCGUCCAGACUUUCCAGAUGAAGAAAACUGAUGGCGUCACUCAGCUGAACAUAAAGCCAUUGAGCGCUACUAUGAGCACCUUUGCAGAGACAUGUGCUUCAGGUUUGACGGCCAAAACUGAGGAUCCGAACUCUCACUUCAUGAUCACUGGAAGUACUACGACACACGUCCAGUACAUUUACGACAGCAGUGAAACCAUAAAGACGAAGGGUAACCUCGCGAAAGCAGAGAUAGGGAAGAAAGCGAUAAAAGUAAAGCGAGGCUGGGCCAUCUUCGACGUUGAACUUGACGACCCAGUAAACUUCUGCAAGAAGUCACGCUCCUUUGACAGGCUAAUAGAAGUGGCGACCGCCUUGGGCAAGACGCGCUGAUCGGCUCAUUUCGGCGAGGCUUAAUAAAGUUGGAAUGGUUCAGUUU